AGUCACAUCCCUGACCUACUGGGCGUCGGCUUCAACCCGUUUCUCUUCUCUUAAACUGUACGUGUCUCGUCUUGUUUGACUUUUCAGUCUUUUUUUGGACCCAAAUUUGACAACAGUGGUGCGGACGUCAUCCAGCAUACUGCAGCUGGAAGCCCUCGUUCAAAAAAAAAAGAAAAAGAAACAAAAGAAAACAACAAAAUGAAUUCGCAUCAGCAAAUGCAACGGGUUUCCGAACUGCGGAUGCGUCGCUGGGGCCGGAGUGAAGCCACGGCCAGCGCCAGCCUCAGCAGCAGCGAACUGGAAUUGUCGCUGCGCUCUUCUUCGCUCAACACGUCCUUCUCCACGUCGGAGACCAUCUGCGAGACGGCCACCACUUCUUCGCCAUCCACCAGAGAGAGACGCUCGUACAACACCAUUUCGCGCACGGCCUCCACGGCCGGCAGCGAUUCACCGGUGAAUUUCGAAUUUUGCCGGGCAGGAAGUGGUACCAGCCAGUCCGUCUACCAUGGCGGAGGCUCAUCCAGAGCGGCGUCUCCGCUCCUGAACGGCAGUUCUCCUUGUCCCAGCCCCACAUCCCGCAGCCCCAGGAGCCCCAUGACUCCGCGGAGUCCACGCAGCCCGCGCAGUCCCUGUCGGUCGCCCAGCAGCCAGCAGCCUAGUCCCGGGCAUCAGACGCCGCCAUCGGCCAGUCCCCAUCGCUACUCUUCGAGGCGGCGAUCGGGAGUGCAAAUCGGCAACCUGGCCCGCUUGGCUUCGCGACGAUCCAGCCGCGAUUCCGAAGCCGGGGAGCCGUCGCCGCUCCAGUGCGUCCGCAACACACAGCGCCGAACGUCAAACUUCCUAGAAAUACCUGAUCCGGUGCACUUCCGUCCACGCGUUUGCAGCUUGCCGGAGAACUCACGAGCGCCCUACAACCCGCGCUCACGUGACGACAUCUACCGAUUGCGCAACUUUUCCAUCACCAGCAAAGGCGUGGUGAAUCGCGGAGAUGCAAUCAUCUCGCGUCAUUCCCGCUCCAACACUAGCAUCAAUUCUACCCUCACGGCGUUGAGCAGUCGGAGCGGAAGGAGCCGGAGCGGUGAGCGUUCUUUUGGCGGAUCUUGUUGCGGUUCCAGCUAUGUCUCGUCUGAAGAGAGCUGUGAUACCUCCAACACAAAGUAUCGCGUAGUCAUGCUAGGUGCGGCUGGCGUUGGUAAAACGGCGCUUGUUUCUCAAUUCAUGACGUCCGAAUACAUGAACACCUACGACGCUUCUUUGGACGACGAAUUUGGCGAGAAAACAGUCAGCGUGCUACUUGACGGAGAAGAAUCUGAAAUGAUUUUCAUAGACCACGCCAGCGCUGAAAUGUCGGUGGAGAAUUGCCUCACAACCUACGAUCCGCACGCCUUCGUGCUCAUUUACUCCAUAACGGACCGUGGAAGUUUCCAGUUUGCCGAGGAGGUUCUCAAGUACCUGUGGCGAGAGUCAUGCACAAAGGAGAAAGCCGUCAUCCUGGUUGGCAACAAGGUGGAUUUAGCCCGAUCGCGAAUAAUAAAAUGCGAAGAUGGCAAGAAGCUGGCUACCGAACAUGAUUGCAAGUUCAUCGAGACGUCGAGCGGCAUUCAACAUAACGUGGACGAGCUUCUGGUCGGCGUACUCAAGCAAAUCCGACUGCGCGAGGAUCUGAACAAAAAGCGUCGCAAGAAGAAACUGAUGGGAAGCGGCUCCCGCACGUCACUGUCACUCGGCGUCGCUCGUGACAUUCUGCAGAAGAUGUGUCUCCAAGACAAUCGAUCUAAAUCGUGUGAAAAUCUUCUAGUCCUCUGAAAUGGUCUCCAUUUCAUCUACGGCUUUCCCUUUCAAUCCUGGCUCGUUGUUCGUGGUUUUUCGUCCGUUCGUUUCGCUUGAUAUGCCGGGCGUUUAGCUUAUAGACUUGGAAAGUUGCGUGUGGUCUUAAGUCGCCAAAUAUUUCUGAGCUCGACCGAUCAGCUCUAUGUACAGAAGAGCCCUCGUUACGUCUGGAUAGCUGUCGGAUGAGGGGUGCGCCAAAUGAUUACCCAACUAACAAUUUCAUGACCAAUCAGCCAUACUAUUGUACACGCUGAAUGCUAAACCUAACUUCGGUGAAUUAUAAUUUUCCCUAGUCGUUCCUUUGAAUCCUUUCGUUGUGUGACAGUACACGAUCUAGGGCGAUAUAGGGAUAACAUUUUUAUAUGCUGCCACAUCUCAAAUUGUGCUGACGUUCCGUUGACAGCAUGUUUAUUCGCACCAAAUUUUAUUUCAUGCCAUCAGUUGAUCAUUCCUAUAUUUAAUAUUAUAAAAUUACAAUAUUUUGAACGGCGAGAAUUAUUAUGCAGCUUGCACCUCGUCUUUUGUGAGUAAAUAAUGUGAUUCAACGUCAUAUUUUGAUCCCUUUUCGCUAUACUUCAGCCAAUUUUUCUCUCGACUUGUGAAAUCAAUUUCUACUCACAAUCGAAAGAAUUUCGUUUUUACGUACUUUCCCAAUGGACCAUAUAUAGGCUACAUAUACUAUUGAGUUACCGUCUUUCAGGUCACGCCAAAAAGUAGCAGUAUAGCACUUAGCUGUAAAUUUUUUUUUGGUAAGCGUCGAAAUAUUUGCAUUGGAUAUUUUUGUGUAUUUGUACAAAAAAACGGCUCCCUCUUCAGUCUAUAAGCUUUACAAAGUUAUUACAGACAUAAAUAAAUAUGGAACACUUGAAUCAUCAUAUCAGUUGCAGGAAAGAUGAUUCCAGGUGAUUCAUAAUCUUAGCUAUAAAUACCGCAUAAAUUAGUAGUCCCGCAAUAGACAUAACCAACAAGGCUUCAAUACGUAGAACGUUCGGAUUCUUUUGACUACAUGGCCGUAUUACCGGUACACCUCUUCGUUGGCAUUUCUGAACCAUCGUGGAUUUUACCUGUAUGUGUAACGGUAAUUAAUUCGCUUAUUUUAACUCGAUUACACUGACCAUUGGUACAGUAGACGCAGGCGAAUAUUGACACACAAAUGAAAAGUGACAACAAAUUUUGUUUCUUGACGACUGAGUGGUAGGAUAGAAAAUUUUCUUGGCCUCCAUAUCAUUAGUCCAGCGACGCUUAUGUAUACAUGUUUAUGUCUAAAAAGGUUCACGUUCUACCUAUACUUCCCACUUGCGUUUCGGUUGGGGUUACCCAAACCAGCCUCCAAUUCUUGGCCUUUCUUAAAAGAAAACCCCCCCCCCCCAAAACAUCUUGAUGGUGUCACUUGAUUCCCUGCAGUGUGAACUUUUUUUCAAAAAAUCUUAUAUUUAAAAGAUUCCGUUUCCUUCAUAAUCUUUUAUUAAGUAUGUCGAUCAACAUGUUCCUGUGAGCCUCUUUGCUCCCUUCUACCAAACUUGCGUGUGGUAUAAUCUGCAGUAAUUUGGUAAAAUCCCAACUCUCCGAUAAUUUAAAGUAUUCUACUUCUUUUGGUACGAAGACAUUUUUUGUAAUACACAUUCUGCACGAAACAAGUGUCGGUAUAUACAAAUUUGGUUACGAAUAAUCAAUAUGUAUCAGGAGUUUUCCGUCUGAUAUUCCAUCUGAUUUAAACCUAAUUAAUCAACGAGCCUUUCUGAUGUACAUGAUUUCGUGAUUCCAGGAUUUCGCAUCAGAGACUACGUAAGUGGGUAAUAACCACAAUCCCUAGAAUAUUUGCUAAAAUGGACAACCUAUUUGUAUUACCGUACCCCACUUCGGACAUAUCAUGAAAAAUUGUCCAUUUAUUACUUCGCUUGGCCCUUGGCGUGACUUGUGACUCGUGAACGAGUAGUAAAAAUUUUCAAAUCUGAAAUACAAUUAACACAAAAUGAACAAGUCGAAAA